AUGAGUCUUGACAUGCUCAACCAUACGGGCGUGACCGCCAAUGGUUGCGCCACAGAUGCUGAAUCGCAGAAGUCGAUGGAUAAUUCCAUGGAGCAUCUCGACCACCUUGCUAGGAGUGGAAUUGAAACACGUCUGCCAGUAAAACCAGAUAAUUGGGUUGACAUUCGUCAAGAGGUACUCUGGAAGCCUCACCGUCGAAUCAGGGUCAUUACGAUCGGGGCUGGCUUCAGUGGCUUAACCCUAGCAAAUAAGAUACAGCGAAUUCACAAGCUCGAUGAUGUGAUAGAACAUGUCAUAUAUGAAAAGAAUCCGGAAAUUGGUGGGACCUGGUUUGAGAAUCGUUACCCGGGCGUGAUGUGUGAUGUUCCUGCUCACAUUUAUACUUUUCUUGAUAUUCCGCAUCCCGAGUGGAGUAACUACUACGCUACUGGCCCUGAAAUACAGCAGUAUCUUAAGCAGGCAACCAAGCAGUAUAACUUGGACAGAGACGUUAACCUCAAUUCAGAAGUGAAAUCAGCGACCUGGGAUGAGGAAGCUGGAACUUGGAAAGUGCAGGUGAUCAAGGGCACAGAAGUGAUCAAUGAUUGGUGCCAUGUUCUCAUCAACGGCUCAGGGGUUCUAAAUCACUGGUCCUGGCCAGAAAUUCCUGGUCUCUUCGAAUACAAAGGUUACAAAUGUCACUCGGCACACUGGCAGGAGGGAUUCGAUUUCUCUGGCAAGAGAGUGGCGGUCGUGGGCAAUGGGUCGUCCGGAAUCCAGAUUGUUCCGGAGAUGCAAAAGGUUGCGAGCCAUAUGACAAACUUCAUCCGGUCGAAAUCGUAUAUCUCGGCACCCUUUGCCGAGGACUUUUCCAAAUCGCCAGGUGGAAACCCUGCUUAUACAGAAGAGGAAAAGCAGCGUUUUCGAGACCAUCCGGAAGGCUUAAAGAUUAUGCGAAACAAGCUGCUGCAUGUUCAGAACACUUUCUAUUCAGCGCUGAUUGAGGGUGCACCAACAAACCUUGAGGCCGCGGAGGGUGUAAAAUCGCUUAUGGUAGAUCGCUUAGGAGGCAACAAGGAGCUGAUAACAAAAUUGGUGCCAGAUUGGUCGCUUGGCUGCCGACGUUUGACCCCGGGAACCGGCUAUCUGGAAGCGCUGACCCAGAGUAACGCGGAGCUCGUUGACGACCGCAUCGCCGAGAUCACCGAGACCGGUAUCAGAACCGUUGAUGGCCAGCACCGAGAAUUCGACGCCAUCAUCAUGGCGACGGGAUUCGAUGUCUCUUUCAAGCCCCGGUGGCUACAGAUUGGUCGAAAAGGUCGUUCACUUGCGGAGGACUGGAAAGACGAACCAUCCAGCUACUUCUCGCUCGCCACAAGUGGACAGCCCAACCACUUUAUCUUUAUGGGUCCCGGUGGCCCAGUAGGGCAUGGCAGCCUCACUUCAGCUAUUGAUUGGACGGCAGAAUACGUCAUCAAGUGGUUGCUCAAGAUGACCAAAGAGGACAUCAAGUCCUUCGAGGUUAAAGCAGACGUUCAGCAAGAUUGGAACACGUGGGGCGAUGAGCUGAUGAAGAGGACUGUCUGGUCCAGUGGGUGCAGGAGUUGGUACAAGAAUGGCAAGGUUAAUGGCAGAGUUACAGCCCUGUAUCCUGGGAGCAUCCUGCAUUAUAAAGAUAUGGUAGAACAUAUUCGAGGCGAAGAUUUUGACAUCUCUUACCACAGCAAGAAUCGAUGGAGAUUUCUGGGAGAUGGAUUUACUCAGCUGGAGAUAGACAAGGCUGAUUUGGGCUACUAUGUGACUUGCUGA